UUUAUUUCCUCCUCUUUACAGAGAUCGAGAGUUACUUUCUCUUUCACUCAGUGUGCUAAUAUUCUUUAUUUCUUUUAGUUUUGGUGUAUUCGUUAACUUAUAUUGUCAUUAACUAUGUUUCGUAUUCUUCUUACUUGAGUUCAUACACAGAACAAACUGUUUUCAGAUCAUUAUCUCGUUCAUUUUGGCGAAUUCAGGCUCGUUUUUUCUGGGCCCAUGUAAAUGUAUAAAUACAUGUAUUUUUCAGUGGUGAAAAUGAAAAAACUCUGUAUUUUGUUCGCUGUAAUUUUGCUUGUUGAUGGUGUGUCUGCAGGUUAUGACCAAAUGUUGGUGUCAGUGAACGUGGGAGAUUCCCUCACUCUACACACUGGUUAUAUAAGAAAACAAGACGACAAGAUGAGAUGGUAUUUUAAAGACACUCGUAUAGCUCUAAUCAAUGGAAAUGUCAUUAAGAUCUGUACUGAUGUACAAUGUGAUGAGACAUUCAGAGACAGACUGCAGCUGAACACUCAGACUGGAGAUCUUACCAUCACAAACAUCACAACUGAGCACACUGGAAUGUAUCACCUACAGAUUAUCAAUUUAGGCUUCAGUGAGAAAAUCUUCAAUUUAUCUGUCCAAGUUGGUGUGCCUUGGGCCGAUAGAAUGAAGAAAGUGAAUGAGGGAGAGUCUGUCUCUUUAGAUUCUGGUGUAACUAAAAAACAAAAUGACUCGAUCACAUGGUAUUUUAAUGGUAUUCGCAUAGCUCAAAUCAAUGGGAAUACCAGUGAGGCCUGUACAGAUGUGCAGUGUGAUAUUGAAAAUGAGAGAUUGCGAGACCGAUUGAAGCUGAAUGAUCGGACUGGAUCUCUUACCAUCACAAACGCCAGAAUCACAGACACUGGAGGAUAUCAACUAGAGAUCAGCAGCAGCAUCAGCUUCAGCAAGUAUGCAUGA